GGCGUUGUGGGGGUUCCUUUGUUAUGUCUCCGACUUGGUGGAAGCGGUACUGAAGAUGGAAGAGGCGCUGUGCUGGGGACUGAGGGAGCCCAUUCACACUGUCGCCCAGCUCUCAUUGCCCUUGAACUGAGUGACUCUCCAAACCAUUUCAGAGAGCAGUUAGCAUGUCACGAACAUUGCCGUGGAUCUGCGUUAACUUGUAGGCCGGAUCAGGGUCAUAUUGGUGAGUGGAGAUUGACUUUCCUGGGAACCCAUAGGAAGAAUAUCUAAACAGCUGGAGGAACAAGGGAGCAGCACAUUCAGUCAGCCAUCCUGCUGAUUGAGGACUGGAACCGGAGUCAGUGUGAUAAAUAAUAAUCCUUGUUUACAGGGUUUUGAAAGGGGCCAUUUACAGAUGAGAAACUGAAAUCAAAUAUCGUGUUAAGAUCUGACAGUCACUUACCUCACGACCUGAAUAUCAUUGACCUUUGAGCUGAAAAGAAGACAUUUCUUAACCAGUUACACAGCCUGAAGAAAACACUUCCCCAUUCACAGCGGAGAGAAACCGUAAAUGUGAUUCAUACACAUAUAUCUCACUAUUAAUCAUCCACAAAGACAAGGGCACAAUGGAGAAACCAUGGAAAUGUGGCGACUGUGGAAAGGAAUUCCGUUUUGCAUCCCAGCUGGAAACUCAUCAACGCAGUCACACUGGGGAGAGACCGUUCCCCUGCUCAGAGUGUGGGAAGGGAUUUAUUAAUUCAUCCUCACUUCUGAGACACCAGAGGGUUCAUGAUGUGGAAAAGCGGUUUACCUGCACCGUGUGUGGAAAGGGUUUUAAUCGAUCUUCUAACCUCCUCACGCACCAGCGUAUUCACACAGGGGAGCGGCCAUUCACCUGCUCAGAGUGUGGGAAAGGAUUCACAAGUUCAUCCCAUCUUCUGAAACACCAGCGUGGUCACACUGGGAGGAAGCCUUUCACCUGCUCUCAGUGUGGGAAGGGAUUCACCAACUCCACUGACCUACUGACACAUCAGCGAGUUCACACCGGGGAGCGGCCGUUCACCUGCUCGGAGUGUGGGAAAGGAUUCACUCAAUUGCAAAACCUAAUGAGACACCACCGAGUUCACACUGGAGAGAAGCCUUUCAUUUGCUUUGUGUGUUGGAAGCGAUUCGCUGAAUCACAGCACCUAAGGAGACACCAGCAAAUUCACAAGUGACUGUUGUGAUUGCAUUCUUCUAUUAUUCACAUCCACAAGUGAACGUUCUCAUAUUUGGGGUUUAUUUUUGCUGCUGUAAACUCCAGUCUGUUGUAGAGUUAUUAAUAUUCACAAUAUUUGUUCUUUGUAAUUAAUUGAUCAGCCAGGGUCUAAUUGAAUGGCAGAGCCUGACCAAGAGUUAAAUGGCCUACUCCAGUUCCUGUGUACUUUCCUCACAGACAUCUCACUCUCUUUUAGUUUGCUGAAAUGCUGGUUUAUGGAGAAAAGUCGUCUUCUUGUUCUUCAAUGAGUUUCCAUUCAUUAGUUCUGUUUGAGUCCAGGUUUGCUAGGAAUCGGAACUGGGCAUUUAGCUUCUCAAGACUAUUCUGUUAUUCAUUGAGGUUGUGGCUGAUCUGUAAUUGAAUGUUAUUUACCCAUGUAUUAUUUUAAUAUUGGCUUCCAGUCUGUUGCAAGCUAUUUAAAAAUAAAUUUUGUUCAUAUUGCACCUUCAGUUAGGCAAAUUUCCCAAGGUGCAUCUCAGAAGCAUAUAAUGUUAAAUUUGAUGAAAAUCUAUAUUUUCUAAUCAACCUGUUCAGAGAUGUUAUUACAGAUCUCAGAAGCGGAUAAGAUUUUAACCCAGGCAUCCUGGUUCAGAGUUAGGGACACUACCACCACACCAGAAGAGCCCGAUCUUCUGACAAAAAUAUUGACAUUGAGUCAAAGAAGGGGAGGUUGGGAAGGCUGAGUACAAUGCUUAGUUAAUGGCUCUGGUUUUUUAACUCUGAAAGGAGCGAUACAGACUGAUGAAGAGGGAGAGGUGAGAAUGUUAAGGUUGAUGACUGAAGGUUCAGCCUACAGGACAGAGAAUGUGAAGAAUGUAUCAGAGGCUGGAGUUUGAGGAAUGCAGAGCUCUCUUGUUGUCCAGAUGAAGGAGGUUACAGAUAUUGGGAGGCGUGAGCAAUGUAAAGGAUUUGACGAGAAGAUAACAACAUACAAAUGGAGGCAUUUGUGGAGCUGGAGCCAUUGCAGUGAGUAGAGGAGUAAUGGACAAGUGUCAGGGAAAUGUGCAUCAGAAUUUGGAUAGGCUGAAGCUUCAGUCCAUGGAGGAUAGUCAGAAGAGAACUAGAAUAGACAAGCAGAAGGACAACACAGUCACAUAGGAGAGCUCAAGAGAGGUACUGAGGGAGUGACACGUGCUAUCACUGUACAUAUGGAACCUGAUAUCAUGUGUUUGGCCAAUGGCCCAAGAGGCAGCCUAUACAUGAGAUUUUUGAGAAGUCAUUAAGAGAUCCAUGGAGGAGAGCCCAAGGUAAUGGGAUCCAGUGCAGAAAAUUGUGAUAACUAAGAGAAGAUAGGGUAGCAGAGCAAGGUAGAACUGAGGGAAAUGAUAAUCGGAGCACUAGUGGAAGGGACAGAGCAAAUAAUACUUAAGAGGUAAGGCUACAGAUUGUCAAAAUGGUGAUGAGAUAGAAAUAAAGGCUCUGUAUCUGAAGGAAAGUAGUAUUCAUUACAAAUGUAUUAAUUGACAGCUGAAAUCUUUUUUUAAAAAAUGUAUAUGAUAGCUAUUACAAAGACUUGGCUGCAAGAUAACAAAUUAGAUAACAUGGGGCCUGAAUAUUUAAGGGUACAUACACCACAGAUGGACAGGAAGGUAGGAAAAGGUAAAUGAGUAACUGUUAAGAAUGAUAUUUUUACAACAGAUAAUCAUGACUUUAGUUGUGAUGGUCAAGAUCUAGAAUCAGUUUUGGUAGAGAUAAGAAAUUCUAAAGUUAAGACAUAAUUUGUGGGAGACAUUUUUUAGAUCACCGAACAAUAGGAUGGUUCCUAUUGAGGAAGAAAUAAUGGGGGCUUGCGAGAAAGAUACAGCAAUAAUCACGGUGUUUUUAAUGUAUGGAUUGAAUGAAUCAGAUUGGCAAAGGUAUCCUGGAAGAUGAAUUCAGUGAGUAUUUCUGGGAGCGUUUCCUAGAGCAGCAUAUUCUAAAGCCAGUCAGAGGAGAGCUGUGCUAGAUGUGAUAAUGUGCCACAAGAGGCUUAAUUUAAGGACAUAAUUGUAAAAUUGCCUUUAGAUACCAGUAAUCUUAAUAUGACAGUUUGAGAGAGGAAAGAGAAGGCCCUAGAUUAGUGUUUUAAUGUCAUUAAGGACAGUUAUGGAAUACAGUUCUAGUUAAAGUGAACUGGGAAAUUAGGUUGAGGAAUAGAUCAGUAGAGAUAAAUGGCAAAGAUGCAGGUCAUUGUGAAAGAAAGACUCUAGAUGGAGAAUUCACUAUCUGUAACUAACUAAGAAAACCAAAGAGAGUGUCAAAUUGAAAGAAAAAAAUUGCACAAUUCUGUGAAGAAUAGUGGCAGGCCAGAAGAUGGGCAGAGAAUAACUAAAAAGUAGUGAAGUAAGGCAGAAAAACUAGCUAUAGAUAUUUUUAAAGUGUCUCUAUAAAUAUUUUAGAUUAAGGAAAUUGUUGGUCUUGUAGAGAGAGUGACUGAAAAUUAAUAAUGGAAAGUAAGGAAAUGGCAGGUGAACGAUAUUUUGUCUGUUAUCACAGUAGUGAAUACAAAUAACCAAAAAAUCCCAUAAAUUAUUGUAAAUCAGGUGGAGGGAAGGAGGAACUUAGUCACUAGGAAUGUUUACUGAGAGAGCUAUUAGAACUAAAAGCCGGUAAGUUACUGGGUCCUAAUGGACUACUUCGUAGGUUCUUAAAAGAAGUAGUUGCUGGGAUAAUUGAUGCAUUGGCUUUGGUUCAAAAUUCCACAGAUUCAGGAAUGGUUUAAUCAGAUUGGAAAAUAGCGAAUGUAAGUGCUCAGUUCAAGAAGAAUGGAGACAGAAAGUAGGAAUUACAUGUUAGUUUAACAUCUGUCAUAGGGGAAAUGCUAGAAUGUUUUAAGGUUAUUGCAGGGCACUUAGAAAAUCUCAAUGUGAUCAGGCAGAGUCAACAUGGUUUUGUGAAAGUACAGACAUGUCUGACAAAUUCAUUUGGUUUCUUGAAGUAACAUGCCAUUUGAAAAAUGGGAAUCUGUGGAUGUGCUACAAUUAGAUUUUCAGAAAGAACCAUCUUGAAUCUUAUUGCAACAUACAAGAUUGAGGAGAUUCGACAACAUAGAUGAUGAAAAGAUGUUUCCCUCUGUGGAAAAGACUAGUAAAAAGUGACACAGUUUAAAAAUAAAGGCACUUUCAUUUAAGAUGGAGGUGAGGAGAAUUUCUUUGAGAUUCGAGAGUCUUAGGAUCUCUCUUCCCUAGAGAACAAGGGGGGACUCAGCCUUUGAAUAUUUUUUAAGGCCGAGUGAGAAAGAUCCUCGACUUUACCCUAAUACUCUGACGCUUCUUUUUUUUUUAAGACAAGAAAGUGGAGCUGAAGCCAGUCAGAUCAGCUAAUGGUCUUAUUAAAUGGUGGAGCAGGUUUGAAGGGCUGAGUGGCCUACCCCUGCUCCUAUUAUUAUGCUCAUAACGGGGUGAGGUGGAAGCCAAGUGAGGUCAGCCCCAGUCAACUGGAUGAUGGGGAUGGGGUGUUGGAGGAUGUUUUCAUUGACUUGGAGGUCAGUAUGAGGAGGGAUCGCGUCCCACACUUACACAGGAUGUCCCUUUGUCACAGACUCCCUACAGUGUGGAAGCAACCCAUUCUGCUCAUUGAGUCCACAACAACCCUCCGAAGAGCAUCUCACCCAGAUCCCCGCUAACUCUGCGUUUUCCAUAGCCAAUCUGUCUGGCCUGUCGGAAGAAACUGGAGCACCCGGAGGAAACCUGCACAGACGUGGGGAGAAUGUGCAAACUCCACGUACAGUCACCUGAGGCUGGAAUUACGCCCAGAUCUCUGGUGCUGUGGAGGCAGCAGUGCUAACCACUGAGCUACUGUGACUGGGAUUCAAGCUGUUUGUGUGUGUAAAAGCUGUAUCUUAAAAUGUUCCAGUAGUCUUGAUUGUGGAAUGAAACGCUAAAAGGUCUGUGUUAAAAGCCAAGGGUAGUUGAAGGAUUACUGAACUUUUUAAAAGCAAGGAACUUUACCCUCAUUGUAAAUGUUUAGUUGUCUAUGCAAGUAGUUGGAAGCCUAGGUAUUGGCAAGCUGGAACCAACAGGGUGUACAAAUGGAGCUAUGGCUGGCAACAAGUAGCUGAAUUGACAACUGGUCAUUAGUCCACAGACCAAUGACCAAGAACUCCUGCCUGCAAAUAAUUAUUUGGCUGCGAGUAGCUGAACAGCUUGAGUAAAUGAAGGAGCUGUUUUGCUCUGCAGCAAAAAGCAUCUUGAGCCUGGCGAGCUAGCUUAUUUCUCCUCAUCAGUUGCUGUAAGCUGUGGCUUUCAAUUAAUAAGUCCGAGACCUCUGUGAACCAGUCAAUCUGUGCCUCCUGCAAACAAGUGAAAGUACAAAGAGAGGCAAGAUUGAGAAGCAGCAUUCUGAUCGGCAAAAGGAAUAUCUCAAUAAACCCUGAUGGACAGGAACCGUUGAUCUGCCUUACCAGUCUUUCCCUUCAAUCAUAACACCCAUGGUUUCUAUCUCUUGUUUGUGUCUGUAUGUAUGUGUAUGUAAACAGAAAUUAUAGGAGGGUUAAGAGUUUUAACUAGUAGAGAUCUAUGCCUUCAUAAUUGUGUAUCUGUAGUUAGAAUCUACUUACUUGUAAUAAAUAGUAAUCCUUGU